ACGCAAUCUAUCGUCGUAUCAACAUAAAUAUCGUAUGAUUCUUAUCUACUUUCUUUUCAAAUACGACAUCCUAUAAAUAACUGAUUCCUAUUUUGAUCCAAUCCAAAAACCUGGCGGUCCAUUCAAAUCAGUAACCUUUGCUUCAUCAUCAUAAUACUAAAAUCAAAAUCAAAAUCAGCGAUUUGAACGAUCGGAAUGGGAGGAGGAGCAGCCAUAAGAGCGGCGGCAAAAGCCGCCGGAGUAGGAGUGAUGAGCAGCGGAGUCCGAGGUGGAUUCCCGUCGUCAAUUUCGUCUCCAGCUGAACAUUCUGUUCGAAGCGCGAAACGCCCCGUUUCGGCGAUUAUCUCAUCAUCGCAGCAGAGUAAAACUUCAGGCAGUGUUGAAAUCGAGGGAUUUCAAAGGCCAGCUUUUGAGAUUGAUGAUUGGGAAUUUGCGGGAGUUGAACCUGAGGAAUAUUUGUUUGAAAGGGAUGAACCGUUGCCACGUGUCGUCUUUGGAGGUCCGCCUACUAUUGAAGAAGCUAAGGCUGCUACAAGUGAAGUUAAAGAUGCACUAGAGAAAAUGUAUCUGUCAUCUCCUGCCACAUCCGAUGGUUUAUUUGGAGAUGGUGGCCAAUUGUCUGGUUUAUCUUUGCUUACAAACUCAGACUGCUUAGAGACUAAAAGCUGUGUCACUUGUGAUGCAAAAGAAAUGUCUGCACCAAGACAUGCUAUCAGGGCAUUUACAUUGCUCAAUGAAAAUCCACAAGCACAGUCUGUUGUAGCUUCCAUUGCUACAGAUCCAAAUGUGUGGGAUGCAGUUUUCAAAAAUGAAGCUCUUCAGGAAUACCUCCUGUCUCAAAAGACUAAUGCUGAGUUACGGGAUCCUGUUUCUCCAAGGAUUUCUAAUGUAUCGUCUGAUGAUGCCAGCCAAGCUGAGAAGACUGAAAAUAAGCCCAUAGAUAUAUUUGAGAGUAUUAAGAACAGUGUAACUGAGAUGAUGAGUAAUGUCUCCUCUUUUGUUCAGCAGAUGUUCGGGUAUUCACCUGCAGAGAGCAUUUCUGAAACUGCCGAUGCAAAUGAGAAAUCAUCUUUCUUUGAUAAGUCUCUGGGAGCUUCGUUCAUGGCAUUGGCAGUGACAGUCAUCAUGGUGGUGGUGCUGAAGAGAGGUUAGAGUUCCUUUAUUGGAAUCCCGUCUGUAAAUUUGUCGAGAAAACAGACUUUUUGAAACUAAAUUUCCUGUUUGCAUUUUUACAUUAUCUACACUGGAAUUUACAAUCAUCAUACCAUAGUACCUCAUCUUUUUUAA